ACUACACAAACAAUCUCCCAAUUUCUCCCUCUUUCAUAUUUCCCUAUAAACUACUAAAAAUGAGUGGUUUUAGCUUAAAGGGUUUCACAUACAUGCUUCUCAUUGCAAUUAUUAUUUUGUCUUCAAAUUUUGAAGAGUGCAUUGCAAGAAGAGGGAAACAUUGGAGGCAUAAUAGAGAAGAGAUGGCUUCUUUGUUGAAGAAGAAAGGAAAGAGUCAUGGUAAUGGACAUAACCACAAUGGUGGAGGAGGAACAAAAUCCAAGGUUUCUCCACCACAAAAAAGUACUCCUUCACCCUCACCUCUACCACCACCACCACAAGAUGAUGGCCCUUUAACUCCACCACCACAAACUAAAAUUGGUGGGUCAUCUACCACUUUCAAUGUGCUAGAUUUUGGAGCUAAAGGAGAUGGGAAAAGUGAUGAUACAAAGGCAUUUGAAGCCACAUGGGCAGAAGCAUGUAAAGUAGAGGCAUCAACAAUGCUCAUUCCAGCAGAUUAUAUCUUCUACGUGGGGCCCAUUGUAUUCUCAGGCCCAUACUGUAAACCCAGAAUCGUUUUCCAGGUUGAUGGGACCAUAAUUGCACCAACAAACUCAAAUGCUUGGGGCAGAGGACUAUUACAAUGGUUGGACUUUACAAAACUGGUUGGAUUUACCAUUCAAGGAAAUGGCAUUAUUGAUGGAAGAGGAUCAGUAUGGUGGCAAGACACUCAAUAUAAUGAUCCUUUAGAUGAUCAAGAAAAACUCUUAUUCCCUUCAAACAACACGGUUGGAAGUCCGCCAAUACAGAUUGAAAGUUCAUAUGGAGGAAAAAUGCCAGCCAUCAAACCAACUGCAAUAAGAUUCUAUGGGAGUAUUAAUCCAACCGUGACAGGCAUAACAAUUCAAAAUAGUCCACAAUGUCAUCUCAAGUUUGACAACUGUAAUGGAGUCAUGGUUCAUGAUGUUACCAUAUCAUCCCCUGGUGAUAGUCCUAACACUGAUGGCAUUCACUUACAGAACUCCAGAGAUGUAUUGAUAUACAAAAGCACUUUAGCUUGCGGAGAUGACUGUAUUUCAAUACAAACUGGAUGCUCGAAUGUAUAUGUUCACAAUGUCGACUGUGGACCGGGGCAUGGAAUCAGUAUUGGAGGUCUAGGAAAGGAUAAUACUAGAGCAUGUGUCUCAAACAUUACUGUUCGGGAUGUGAACAUGCACAACACAAUGAAUGGUGUCAGAAUCAAAACAUGGCAGGGUGGAUCAGGCUCAGUACAAGGAGUAUUAUUCUCAAACAUACAAGUUACAGAAGUUCAAUUUCCAAUUGUAAUCGACCAAUUCUACUGCGAUAAAAGAAACUGCAAAAAUCAAACAGCAGCUGUGGCUCUCAACGGAAUCAACUACGAAGGUAUAAAGGGAACAUACACAGUUAAGCCGGUUCAUUUCGCAUGCAGUGAUAGCUUGCCUUGUGUAGAUGUUUCUUUAACAAGUGUCGAAUUACAACCUGUUCAAGAAAAAUACCAUCUUUAUGAUCCAUUUUGUUGGGAGACUUAUGGUGAAUUGAAAACUACAACAGUUCCACCAAUUGAUUGUCUCCAAAUCGGAAAGCCGCCGAAUAACCGGAUUCAGACAGCUCAUGAUUUAUGCUGAUCAAGGAAUUUUAGCUAGUUAGAUAAAUUAAAUUAUAAUGUAUAUUAUUAUAUAUAAGUCUUAUUUAAUAGGAAUUUUUCUUCAUUAGUAUAUACUGGCCCUGCAAUUAGCAAGAGGUCAAUAAUAGUGUGUGAUUAUAGUCAGGUUUGUUAGUUAUAUGGUAUUGUUUGAGUGUGAGGUAUCGUUAUACAUGUGAUUGAUAGCAUAUAUAAAUGGAAAUAUUGUCCUUAAAUUCAA